GAAAGACUUCCGAAUAACCAUUUCUAAGGGAGUGGGCGUAACCACUAACAGAUGUUCCCAGAUGCAGGGUGGGGAAAAAUACAGUUUGGCGUUCAUACUGUCGUACCGACCUCCAGUGCAACGUCCGCCCGUAACUUCAAGCUUGCCUCGACCAUUUCACCACAACAACAUUACGGCAGAUCAAAACCUACCAGAAGCCUACCACCACGAUUUCAACACGAAGCUCACAACGCAAAUUCAAAUAUACGCACGAACCAAGGAGUAGAAAUCCAAGAAACAAUCUAUUUAUCAAGAGGAGGGAACACAACCCCCAACAACACCGCGACAAUGGACUUCGCCGCCCUCAUGUCCAAAGAGAUCGCAAAGGCAAAAGGCACCACCAACAACACCACCACCUCCAGCAAACCAACAUCGACAACAAGCACAUCAGCAAAGGAUACUAACACCAAACCCGAUUCAACAGCCGCACGAGGUUCCGACGCCGCCACCACCACCACCGCCGCCGCCGCAGCCCCGAAAUUCAUCUCCCGCCGCGAAGCCGAAGCCCAACGGCAGGCCGCCUACCUAGCCGAGCAAAAGCGACUCGAAGAAGAACGCGCCGCCAAAGCGGCCUUGAAGCGCAAGCGCGAAGAGGACGCCGUCGAAGAAGCCAAAGCGCGCGAGGAGAAGAAACGUCGACUAGCCGAGGAAUCGCGCGCCCGCCGCUUAGCCAAAGAAGCCGAAGAAGAGCGCGCCCGCCGCAAGCGUCUCGGUCUACCCGAGCUACCUCCCACCCCUACUACCGACGCCAUCGAAAAGGAAGGAGGAACCCCCGCAUCCGGCAUCGACGACUCCGAUCUCGACGACGAUGACGACGAUGCCCAUGACCUACCCGACGAUGAAUUAACCUCCAAACUGCGCGCCCUAGGCGAACCCGCCUUUUUGUUCGGCGAAACGCACCUCUCCCGCCUGCGGCGGUACCGCAAGGCCGCCGGCCUAGGGGCUCUCGGCCUACCCACGGGCCCCAUCACCACCUCGUUGCUCCCCGUCGCCGAAAAAGACAUGAAAGUCCCCGCCACCUCGGCCGACAUCCCACCCCCGACGGACCGCAAAGCGCGCCGCUACUUGUUCCGCCAACUAGCCUCUUACUUCAACAUGGUCCUCCGCGAAUGGGACCUCGCUCUGGCCAAAGAAGACAACGCGGACACGUUUGCGGGACAGGCGGCGCGGAACGCCAUGGUGCAAUCGAAAGAAACCAUGCGCCCUCUUUUCCGCAAGUUUGAAAAGGGCGAUUUGGAGAAGGAUAUUUUGGAGGCGAUUGUGGAGAUUGUGCGGGCGGCGCAGGAGAGGAGGUAUGUGGAUGCUAAUGAUGGGUAUCUGAGGUUGAGUAUUGGAAAGGCGGCGUGGCCGAUUGGUGUGACCAUGGUGGGUAUCCAUGAGAGAAGCGCAAGAGAGAAGCUGCAUGAUGGUGAGAGGGGACAUAUUAUGGGUGGAGAGGUGACGAGGAAGUAUUUGCAGAGUAUUAAGCGGUGUUUGACGUUUGCGCAGGUGAGGUGGCCGCCAGAGGAUGUUAGACAGUUGAUGGGUUAAAAGUGGGAAGUAGGAGGAGGAUUGGGAUGAUUGUUGUACCUCUAGUGGGUGAGGUGGAAAAGGAAAGGGGAACGGAAGAAAUGAGUGACCAUGAUACCCAUACGAUUUUGGAGACGAUACUUUGACCAAGUCUGAAACUCGGAGCUCGGGAAGUAGACUUUAGGCGUGAAAUUGUGUAUGAGAGUUUGAGUGAAUGUUUCUCUUUGAUUGUGCAAGGUUUAAAAUAUUCUCAAGGACUUUCUAACUACAUCCCUC